UCUACGGAAUAGCAUCUCAUCGAAAAAUUAAGAACCAAAAAAUGGCCGGAUUAAAGAUCGUUUCAACCCUUGCACUUUUCUCCGUGGUGUCAGCUGGCCACCUCGGGAACUUCCAAUCCUCUACUGGAUACAAUGCAUUCGGUGCGGGUGCUUACAACCCUGGCUCAGCAUCAGCCUACAAUGGCGGAUAUGGGGCACAUAUCCCCAUACUGAGAUACGAGAAUGUGAACAAUGGUGAUGGGACUUACAGAUACAGCUACGAGACUGGAAAUGGCAUCGCAGCUCACGAAAGUGGUGCCCCACGUGCUCCUGGCCCCGAAGGUCUUGCAGUAACAGCGGAAGGUGGUUUCUCGUACCGCGCCCCUGACGGCCAGCAGGUCUCCCUCACCUAUACCGCUGAUGAGAACGGCUUCCAUCCCGUCGGCUCCCACAUCCCUACACCACCUCCGAUCCCAGAAGCCAUCCUCCGCUCCAUUGAGUACAACAGACAACAUGGUUCAUCUGGCGAGGGUCGCUACCACCACGGCUACAACUAUUGAAUGCAUCGCGAUCGAUGACUGACUGCGGCUACGAACCGAACGAACAUGUAUAGCACCCAUUGUUAUAAGCAUCAAUCACUAUUUAUUCCAUUAUUACAUGUUAUUUGUUAUUAUGGGCUUUAAUAAAGUUUUAAGAAUG